AUCACCGAGCCGGAAGUGUGACGUCAGUCGUGUACACAAUCUUCGAGUAGGGGAAAGACAGAGAGAGAGAGAGAGAGCGCAGCAGCAGUAGUAGUAGUAGCAGUAGCAGCAGCAGCAGCUCGGAGUCAGUGAUUAUAACAGGAAAAUCACAUCCAGUACAAUGUCCGAGGAAAAUAUCUUUCUGUUUGUCCCCAAUUUAAUCGGCUAUGCCCGAAUCAUCCUGGGUUUGUUCUCCUUCUAUCUGAUGCAGUGCUGUCCUGCUCCUGCGGUGUUUUGUUAUCUACUCAGUGCACUGCUAGAUGCCUUUGAUGGACACGCAGCCCGAGCCCUUAAUCAAGGCACUAAAUUUGGUGCCAUGCUGGACAUGUUAACGGACCGCUGUGCCACUAUGUGCUUGUUGGUGAAUUUGUCGCUCCUGUACCCGUCCUACACCUUCCUCUUCCAGUUAAGCAUGUGCUUGGAUAUAUCCAGCCACUGGCUGCACCUGCACAGUUCUGUGAUUAAGGGAUCAACCAGUCAUAAGUCCAUUGAUCUGUCUGGCAACCCCAUUCUCAGGAUCUAUUAUACGUCCAGGCCGGUGCUGUUUUUCAUGUGCAUGGGGAAUGAGCUGUUUUACUGUCUCCUUUACGUGAUGUACCAUGUUGAAGAGCCACAGGUGUGGCUGCAGUGGCUGCUGGGAGUGUGUGCUGUGGUCUCUCUGUUGAAGUCAGGCAUCAGCGUCCUCCACCUCAUCACCGCCUCCUGUAACAUGGCCGCCAUCGACCUGGCCGACCGUGAAAGCGAGAGGAGUAAGACCAAAUGAGAGAGGAAUGAGGGAAGAAAUCGAAGGGUGUGGCUUUAUGUGGGUGGGAGAGAGUGAGUGAGAGUGAGUGAGUGAGGGAGUGAGUGAGGGAGUAAGUGAGAGAGAGAGUGAGUGAGUGAGUGAGUGACAGAUAAAAAGGUUGAUAAAAUGAGGGAAGACACAUCGGGAGCUGGAGAUGUAAAAGUGGAUACAGGCCAGCGUUCAUAGAAAUGAAUUGUGGGACGAUUUGGGCACUGAUUUGAUUUAUGUUAUUUAUUCAUAGACUACUAAAGAUAAUGUUAUUCAUGUAGCAGAAUGCUGCUGUUUUAAUCUAAAUUUCACAUAUUAAAUAUUCUUGUGUUUGUCCCUUACCUCAUCCCCUCAGUUAAGUCUUGAACAUGUGUGUGCACGUCAUGUGUUUAAAUUGUGGGAAAAAGUAGAACAACUUACUGCACCACUGACCCCCAACACUGCCCCUUUUCUCUCUCUCUCUCUCUCACACUCACACACACACACAUUCCCCUGACCACUCGGACAAAGAAAUGACAUGCACAUCUACACGUCAGUCAAACUGAAAGGAGUUUUCUUUUUUCUUUUGUUUAUUUUAUAUUAUGUGAUGUUUUAUUAUUAUUAUUGCUGUUUCUAUACAUGUACCAUUCAUUAUAUAUCCUAAUGUGAAUUGCUGAUGUGAGUACCAUAUUACAAAAAUUUCUGUAUCCGUGACCACUUAACCCAAAAUUAAUAUUCCCUUACGUCAUCUAUAUCCUACUGAAUGUAUUAGUGGGUCAAGGUAAGAGUAUUCUUGUCUAUGGAUGUACUCUUUGUACUGUACUAGAUUGUAUGGCAGUAAAGAUAUCUUUUCACAACUGGA